AUGCCUGCAACCGAGAAGGACCCGCUGCUCUCUGACGAGAUCCUGAAACGCGUUACGAAAGUCAUCAUGGCUUUUGUGGGGACUUACGCAUUCUAUUAUCCUUUUGGGCAGAAGGAUUAUGAUUGCAAGUCGACGUGCACCUUCGCCGAAACAUGGCCGGUUUUGACCAAAGGCAGCGAAUGGGCCAAGCGGAUGAAGGCUGUUAAUCCCAACCUCCAAGUGACGAUCUCGUUUGGUGGAUGGAAUCAGGGGCCCGGUGAUAAACCCGCCAAUUUGCCAAUCGGUUCAAUGGGCAGGCAAUGCGGCACUCAGAACCUGACGCGCGCCGAGAGGCGCUACAUGGUCGACUUCAAUGAGAGCGAGGGCGAGUCGGCUUUCUUGGUUGUGAGAUCAACAAAGGGCGUCUGGUUCGACAACCCCCACGUGUUUCAUCGGAGCCUCGCAAAGGUGCCAAUCAGCUUUUGUUUCGCGGAGGGGGCCCAGGUUCAGACCGAGCUCGGGCCAACGGCUUCCGUCAAGGUCGGUGGCUACUUCGCUUCCAGUGCGGAUUAUGAGGAGUGGUAUCAGCGCCGCCGCGCGAGCCUGACGCUGGCGCCUUCGCUCGGAGCUGAGGCAUGCGGCGUCAAGAACGACGUCGUCGCGACCAUCAAGCCCGCCGCCGCCGAGGUGUCCGCCGUCGCCAAGGAGGCCGUCGCCGAGGAGGCCGUCGCCGAGGAGGCUGCCAAGGAGGUCGAGAAGCCGGCCAAGACUGUUUCCAACGCGCCCGACCCAGCGGACACCACCUGCUACCCGGGCCUGCCCACGCCGAAGGUGGCGGGGAAGAGCGGGCCCGCGUCGGCCCGCAGCGGCUCCGCACCGGGCUACGUGGACGGCGUCGAGGCUGCAGUCCGCCGGCUGGGCGAGAGCGUCAGCUACCAGGCUACGCCCGCCGACGGCAAGAAGUCGCCGUCGCCGGGAGUCCCCACCUCCGGCGGCAUUGCGCCCGUGGCGCCCAAGCCCCUUGGCGCGGUCGCGGGCGCGGGGCUGGCUGAGGCCGAGGCCGCCAAGGAGCGCGAGCACUGGGAGGGGCGGCUCAAGAAGGCGAAGGCCGCGCUCGAUCUCAUUGCCGAGCGACGGGAGAAGUGGGCGGACUUGCAGUCGCGGCGCUCGAGGAACGCCGGCGGUCGCGCCGCCCUCAAGGCGGCGGCCAACUGCGUGCAGGGCGGCUACACGAAGGCCGAGGGCGCCUUCCGGUGGCUGCUCCUCGUCUGCAUGCCCGCCUUUGGCCACUGCGCGUCCGCCGUGCCUAGCCCGACGGCGGUGGCCUCGGCCUUCUCGUCUGCCGCCAUUUCGUGGCUCACGGCGGGUCCGCUGCAGGUCGCUGCCACGGUCACUUCCGUAGCCGUGAUCGGCACGGUAAAGUGGCGCCGCAAAUCAAAGGCCCGCCGUUUCGGCUGGUCAAGCUUGCUCGGCAUUCUUCUCUGCUUGGCCACCGUCUCUCAAGCCCAGCAAACCGGCGACUUGAGCGGCUGGGCCACGUCGGCCGACGCCUCGCAGCGGCUCGAAUACUUCGAUGCAGGGGCGCUGCCUUCGCACAAUCGAUUCCGAAAGCAAGAUCCGCGCUUCACGCACACAGAGCGUGGCUUUGUCACGUGGAACGCACUUCGACUGGGUAUCACAGUCGAGGCGGCAUCACUGCGCUACAACACGUCGACGGAAAGCUUCGAUGGUGGGUAUCGCGGCGAUGAGUAUCGCACCUUCUGCGUAUCGGCGUACAAGGCACUCGGCGUCCUCGCCACCGAUGCGCCAUCGGAGAUGUUUGAUUCGUACCGCCUUUUCGCCGCGUACCACACUCUCAGGCUCAUCAGCUACAAUGAUGCCACUCACAGCUGUGCGCUUCCGAUACAUCAGGAGAUGGCCGCCGGGCUCGCCAGUGCCUUUGAUGCAAGCACGCUGAUUGAGAUCGUCGACUUUGGAGCCGGCAUGGCGCAGGAAAGCCGCUGCAUCGCUGAGAUCCUGCGUGUGAAGCACGGGCGCACGGCCAGGCUGCACCUCUUCGACAUCCCGACACCUCGCAAGAGCUUGCUCGACUUCACGUGCCGCAAAUUCGAUGGCUUCCAAUGCAUCGUGCACGACGUCCUCAACUCGACUAAAAUUCCACCUCUUGCUCACGCCGUGUUUGCGACUGAAGUGCUCGAGCACAUGUAUCCGCCCCAAACGAUGGGCUUCCAAGAGGAGCUGGCACGCGCUCUCGUGCCGCGUGGUCUGUUCCGUGGCAACGUCGGAGAUCAUGGGAAGGAGUUCAUGCACGUGAAUCCGAAUACCGCCAAGUCCUGGAUUGGUUGGCUCAAGCAGCAUGCCUUCCGCAAGCUUCGUGGCGGUCUGUACCAACGAAGCGGGACACUCGUGGUGUGA